UAAUCGCUUUUUUCCCUCCUUCUUCUGGUUUUUAGCUCCAUUUUCAUCUUCCUCUCACUCAUUUCCUUCCACACACCAACCCUCUUAUUUCUUCCUCCUUUCUUUAUAUACCUACAUUUCCAUUGAAAAAUCUCUCAUUUUCAGCAAAAACCCAUUUUCAGCUAAACUUAUUUUCAUCUAAAGUUUGCAUUUUUCCACCUUAUAAUGAACAUUCAACCCAAAAUAGAACCUGGGUCACCUUCAACCAACCAUGUUAUUCUUGAUAGAGAUGAAGAUGAAACAUAUCUGAAUCUGAUAGAAACACCUCAUAACUUUGAAGAUAAAACUAUCCCUGAUCUUGUUGAAGUAUUACGUGGAGCUUGUCUUCAAGAAACUUUUGAUAAAGUUGAAAGUGUUUUGGUGAGUAAGGAUUUGGAACUCAGAAACAAGAUACAACUUUUAGAACAGAAUGUUGAAAUGGAGAAACUUGGUAGGUUAAAGGCUGAGGAAGAGGUUAAGAAAAGAGAAGAACUUUGUGAGGAAGGUAAGAAAGUACAGCAACGUUAUUUAGCUUUGUUGAAGGAAGUUAAGAUAGCUGGUUUGGUUGAUCAUAGAGAAACUAUUGAUGUUUUAAGAAAGAGAAAUGUUCAGUUGAGAGAAUUGUGUGAGAAAGGUAAAAGAGAGGUUCAAAAUUAUGAAGCUAUGUUUAAAGAAGCCGAGAUAGCUCUUUUAGUUGAUAGAGAUGCUUUGAAAGAGGUGAAAAAGAAGAAUAUUGAGUUUGAGUGUGAGGUUAAGAAGAUAGAGGAAAAAAGGAUGGAAGAUAGGAAUGAACUUCAAGUGCUAAAGUUGAAGUAUGACGAGUUAGUAUCUCGAGUUUUGGAGUUGAAGGAGAAAAGACUGGAAGAUGGCAAUGCUCUUGAUGUGCUAAGAAAAAUGAAGGAUGGAUUAGAGCAUGAAGUUUUGGAGUUGAAGAGAAAAAAGGUGGAAGAUGAGAAAUCACUUGUUUUUCUAAAAUUGAAGAAUGGUGAAUUAGAAUAUGAAGUUUUGGAGUUUAGGAAGCUGAAAGAAAAGUGGGGGGAAGAUACCAAUGACCUUGGCGGGAUAAGAGAAAAGAAUGCUGAAUUAGAGAAUGAAGUGUUGGAGUUGAAGAAAAAAUGGUUAAAUGAUAGCAAUGCUCUUGAGGAGCUUCGAAGCAAGGUUCGUGUAUUGGAAGAUGAUAAAAAAGCUUCAGCUGAUAUUGAGAUUAAAAACGGGGAAUUGAAGCAAUCAGUGAACAAUAAUUUGGCAACUAUAAGCAAGUUGAAGAAUGAAAACAAUAAUUUGUACAUAAAGUUUAUUGGACUGCUUGAAAGAGUCGCAAAAGUGGAGGAUGACACCAAACUUUUGAUGAGUGUAGAUGCCUCCGGUGGUAGAAACAAUGACGGAGAAGCUGCUAUUGCCAGUACUCGCCUGCAGAACAAAUGGGGCAUGGAUGCUCUAGGUGCAUCAUCAGCUAGUGGAAGAUUGAAAAUGGAAAAGGAUAUUGACGAUGAUCAGCGUAUGUCUCGAGGAGUGCAUGAAAAGAACACCAUUUCUGGAAUUGCCGCGAAGAAUGGGCAUCCAACUCCAAGUUCAUCAAUAGCAGUUGACAUGUCCAAAAGAAAACAUUCUAUGGCCGACACUGAAACCUCCAGUUCUGGUUCGUCCUGCUGUGAUUUAUCGUAUCUCGAUGAUCUUGCAUCAAGCUUUGAGGUAUCAGAAGCAAAAAAGAAAAAAAUGUAGUCCGGCAAUCCAUGAUUAAACUAUUAGCCAAGCUGAUGUAUCACUUCCAGCAACAAACAUGUCCUACAACAUGGCAAUGAAAUAACCUUGAAUCCUAUACAUAUGACUCAUAAUUUAUUGAUAAGUGGACAUGUUACUCGAGGUGGCGAGCAACCUGCCCAAUCAUCACUAAUUUAUUUAUAAUCUGUAAUUUGAAGCUUGAAAAAUGGAAAAAUCAUUUGUCAUUCUUCCUAACGUAGACACAAUUGGUCGAACUCUUAAAUUGUUAAAUCAAAUCUUGUGUUUUCU